AUCCCUGCGCAUUGCCUCCUUUCCAUCACUCUCAAAACUUAUACCACGAACUCCCAUCACACGAGAUCAUCUUUCCCCUUCAGAAUGGCAGCUGCAACCAUGGCUCUCUCUUCCCCAUCUUUCGCCGGAAAGGCCGUCAAGCUCUCUCCUUCCGCCCCUAAAAUCCAAGGCAAUGGCCGUGUUUCCAUGAGGAAAACCGCUACCAAGGCUGCUCCCUCCGGAAGUCCAUGGUACGGUCCUGACCGAGUUUUGUACUUGGGUCCACUAUCUGGUGAGCCUCCAUCUUACUUGACCGGAGAAUUCCCUGGUGACUACGGUUGGGACACUGCUGGACUCUCGGCUGACCCAGAGACAUUUGCCAGGAACCGUGAGCUCGAAGUCAUCCACUGUAGGUGGGCUAUGUUGGGUGCUCUUGGGUGUGUUUUCCCUGAGCUUUUGGCUAGGAAUGGAGUCAAAUUCGGUGAGGCCGUGUGGUUCAAGGCCGGAUCUCAGAUCUUCAGCGAAGGUGGGCUUGACUACUUGGGAAACCCAAGCUUGAUACACGCUCAAAGCAUCUUGGCCAUCUGGGCUUGCCAAGUUAUCUUGAUGGGAGCUGUUGAGGGUUACCGCAUUGCUGGCGGGCCUCUCGGUGAGGUAACCGACCCCUUGUACCCAGGUGGCAGCUUCGACCCAUUGGGUCUUGCUGACGACCCAGAGGCAUUCGCUGAGCUUAAGGUGAAGGAGAUCAAGAACGGCAGAUUGGCUAUGUUCUCCAUGUUUGGAUUCUUCGUCCAAGCCAUCGUCACCGGAAAGGGACCAUUGGAGAACUUGGCUGACCACCUUGCUGACCCAGUUAACAACAAUGCCUGGGCCUACGCCACCAACUUUGUUCCCGGAAAGUGAGAUUAGAGGGUGAGAGUGAUUUGUGUUUGAAGUUUCUGUUGAUGUGAUGUAAAUUUGUUGCAAAUCAAUGAGAGCAUGAGGUGAAUUUUUAUGUGCUAAA